ACAGUGACACGUUAUGCCUGUCUUGCAAAAGCCUCUAAAAUCUGUCUGCACGCCCUGCAUGCUCUGCUCAACACGGAGCUUUCAGAAAACAACAAGCAGAUGUCCAAAAAGCUGUUCACACUGAACAGACGGUGGCUCGGCUAUCAUAAGGUGAAUCUCAGAUCACGUUGUUAAGAGAACAGUGAGUGAUUUUAUGCUGCACUACGUCCACAGACGUCUGGUUUUCUUGACGUCAGGAGAAGUCUGAGCGGACCCAGCGCUGCGCACAAGCACAGCAACCACAUCGCUCCCAGAGGGAAGGAGAACACAUCACAGCCACAGAUCGCCAUUUAGCUGUAGUGUGGCGAAUCCGAUCAGCAUUGUAGGAUGCCUCUUGGAGAGGAUGGAAAUGGAUGGAAAAAGAAGACAUCAGACAUCAAAGAACAUUAUGACUUCAAAGAAGUGCUGGGAACGGGAGCUUUCUCAGAGGUGGUUCUAGCAGAGGAGAAAAGAACCCAGAGGCUUGUGGCAAUCAAGUGCAUCCCCAAGAAAGCGUUGGAAGGCAAAGAGAACAACAUAGAAAAUGAAAUUGCGGUACUACACAGAAUCAAGCACCCCAACAUUGUUACACUGGAGGACAUCUUUGAAAGUACAUCCCAUCUAUAUCUCGUCAUGCAGCUGGUAUCUGGAGGUGAGCUCUUUGACAGGAUUGUGGAGAAAGGCUUCUACACGGAGAGAGAUGCCAGCCAACUCAUCCACCAGAUCUUGGAUGCAGUCAAAUAUCUCCACGAUAUGGGGAUCGUCCACAGAGACUUGAAGCCAGAGAAUCUGCUGUAUUACAGCAUGGACGAAGACUCCAAAAUAAUGAUUAGUGACUUUGGACUGUCAAAGAUAGAGGGCGCGGGCAGUGUUAUGUCCACAGCCUGCGGUACUCCGGGAUAUGUGGCUCCCGAGGUGCUCGCCCAGAAGCCCUACAGCAAAGCAGUCGACUGCUGGUCUAUAGGAGUUAUUUCUUAUAUUCUGUUAUGUGGAUACCCUCCGUUUUACGAUGAAAACGAUGCCAAGUUAUUUGAGCAGAUUCUGAAAGCAGAGUAUGAAUUUGACUCUCCGUACUGGGAUGACAUCUCAGAUUCAGCCAAAGACUUCAUCUGUCACCUGAUGGAGAAAGAGCCUUUGAAGAGAUAUACAUGUGAUCAGGCCCUCCAGCAUCCAUGGAUAUGUGGAGAUACAGCUCUGGACAAGAAUAUCCACGAAUCUGUCAGCGCUCAAAUCAAGAAGAACUUUGCCAAAAGUAAAUGGAAGCAAGCAUUUAAUGCCACAGCGGUGGUGCGCCACAUGAGGAAGCUGCAGCUGGGCACGAGUCUCGAGGGACCCAGUCAGAUCACUCCCACCAGUCCCUGCCAUGGACAUCUGCUCCCAGAGGAGGAGGAGGAGGAGGAGGAAGAUGAUCUGGGGAACGGAGAGGAGGAGAGCUUGUCACACUACGAGGACGGCCGCCGCGGUAGCACCGAGGGCAGCGCAGACCGGGACAGCCUGAGAAGCUGCACCUACUGCUGCAGGCCGGCCAGUCGCGUUUGAGCAAAACCUCAUGGAGACAUUGUAUCCCUGGAGCACCCAGAGCCCGCCCGCCCAGUCUGGCCAGGAAUGCAGAGUAGUUAUCAGGCAGUGUCCACCAGAGUACAUUCACAGCGAGCAGGUCACUGUCACAGUGUGGAGAAACACACUGUAAGUCUUUGUCCCAAAAGAAAAACAAGAAAAGAAAUACACAUCCUGAGUCAAGACACACAAGUUUUAACUUUUUUUUUGCAGAACAGAAUGCUCCAAGUGAGCAGUAAUUUAAAGUAAGGGCCUGUCUGUGUGAUUAGCAACCCAACAUGUAGUUGUCUUUUGAAAACAGGGGUCAUUUAACAGUGUGUGCAUUACAAGAAGUGGUUGUGGAUGUCUCUGGAGUCGUGAUCAAAGACGAGGCAGUGGCCUAAAGGCAUUCUUCUCGAUUAUUUUUGUUUUCACAUUAUCUGUCACAUCUACCUCUAAUCACAAUUACCGUCCGUCUGCAUCCAUCUGGCUCACAAACUCUGCAUUACUGGCAGCUUUCUCCAAAAAUCUGGCCAGACAGGGCACAAAGAAAAUAAAAAGGGAACACUUUCUAAAAAGGGAAAUACUGAAAGCUACUCCUGCAUGUCUUUAUACUCCUUACCCAUCAAUGUGACUCGGUCCAGUCACUGACCAAGUAGCUGUUUAGUUUUAAUAGAGUAAAUCUUAAAAGGCAUGACUUCACUGCCGACACCACCUUCCCAUUUGUUCAGUUUGAUCACUCUGUCUUUUUUCUCAUAUUAGGUGUUUCUGUCCUUUUUAGAAGUAUUUCUGACUUUUUUUAAACCUUUUUUUUUUGGUUUUUGGAUAAUGAAGGGUGAUUCUGGGGGUUAUGGACUCUAUAUUCUGGCUCAGACUGGGUUUGUGAAGAGUGGUUCUGACCUGGAGUGUCUGCAUGCUUCUGUUUGGGGAAAAAAAACAUUGAAAUGUAUGAAUAUCAAAAGGAGACUUUUUUGUUUGUUUUAUGGCUGUUCUGUUAUCAGAGGCUCAAACUGAGAUCCCCGUAAGUCUGUAAAUCACAGGAAUCUGACCUCCCUCCGUGGGCUUACAUCAUGUUAGGAGGAGUUAUUUUGAAGGUGCGAUUAUGUUGAGAAUCCACUGUGCGUGGGAAGAAAAUGAUUACAUUCAUAUCACGCUCAUCCUCCCUGUUCUGUUUCUAUCAAGCGUCUAAAUAUCCGCCUGCUGUCAGUCUGUGAGUCUUAUGCCCAGUCGGAGGGAUCUCAGUCUGGGCGCUCCGCCUGCUCUGUGCUGUGCACCUCUAGUGGAAGAAGUUUUGGUCUACUGUUUGCAUGACCUGGUUAAAUAUGUUUACAUGAAUGAUGAUCAAUUAGUAUAAACACACAUGAUUAUUAUUACUCUGUUGUAUUGAAAAAUGAUGUAAUACUGUAAUUUUGAGCUAUAUAAUGUGAAGUGAGUAACACCAGAAGUAAUGUUGUUGACAAAGUACAACACAGCACAGUGGACUUAUCAUUUGCAUUGAUGGUCAAGUCUCUAACCGAGUGACAUUUCUCCUGUACUAUGUUUAUUUAUGACUCUUUUUUCCCCCCCGGUCUGUUUUCUUGCUGUUGCUUUUGUAGAAUCUAUUAAUUCCUCCAACACAAGCAGGAAAAAUACGGAUAUAUCUUCAAUUUAAACAGGUGCCAGCCACGGUAAAAAAAUAAAAAAAAAACAUUAAAAGAAAUAUCUUGGUGCUGGAAGCAUCGCCUGUCUGCUGUGGGAGUAGCCUUCAGUGUGAAAGCUGAUAGAUGAACUACAGUACUAAGCCAUACAGUGAGGUGGGGAUGUUUAACUGUAGAUUCAGAUCAUCUUAUGAAUAAUAUGCCUCAGAUGAAGAUUUUUUUGGCACAAUAUCCACUGAAAAAAUAGAACAAAAUUCACCUGAAAACACUUAAAUCUUGAUAUUAAUCAUGCCAUGACAUUGUUAAUUUAAGGUAUUAUUAGAUAGCUGUAGAGAGACACAACCAUUAAACCCCUCAAUCUGCCAUUGAUACUAACAGGUCCGUAGUACAAUAAAAGAAGGCAAUCACUCUGGAUUUACAUGACUGUAAUUGUGGAAAAUAUGCAAACUGUGUGUGAAGGGCUUCAUGUUCACUGUACGAUAGCCAGUGUUGAUGACUUUGAUAACCUGGCUAUUAUUUGUUUGGUAAUGACCUUAUAUUGAACCUUACCUGGGAUUUGUUUCCACUUGGCUGUGUUCUUUUUUUUUUAAGCUUAUUUUACCCAUUACAAACACAUCUAAAUGCAUAAAAGAAACACGUGUAUAUUAUAUAUAUAAAUAUAAGUAUAUAUUGUAUAUCCUUUUUUGUAAAAGCUGUUUUGAGCUACAAAUGUAUGGAUGCAAUGCAUCAUGGGUUAUUGAACAAGAUGUAAGAAAAUACAAUGAUUUGUACCCACAGAGAAAUGAUUGCAGGAAAUGAAAUAAAACUUCCUUGUCUAUG